AUGACCAUCACCAACGCACAGACAGAGGAGCGAGAACCCAGCCUCCUGCACCGCUCUCUUAUCGAACGCCCUCAAAAGGUUAUCUCUGGGUCAGGCAUUUACCUGACACUAGCUGAUGGUUCUCGCAUCCUCGAUGGGUGCUGCGGCGCCGCCGUGUCAGUCAUCGGCCAUGGCAAUAAACAAGUCCAAGAUGCCAUUAUGCAGCAGUACUCGAGUAUCGAAUACGUGCACACCAUGGCUUACACGACAUCCAGCGCAGAGGAAUUAGCUGAUGCUCUCACCGAGUUGAGUAAGCCUUUUGGUUUGACCAAGGCUUACUUUGUUUGUUCCGGUAGUGAAGCCGUGGAUGCGGCCAUGAAGCUUGCGAGGCAAUAUCAUGUCGAAAACGGCCAGCCGCAGAGAAAGAGGUUUGUUGCUAGGAGACAGGCGUAUCAUGGCAAUACUAUUGGAGCCAUGAGCGUGAGCAGUAACUUACCGAGGAGAAUCCCUUAUGAUGGCGUCUUGACGCUCGACAAUGUGAGCUUCGUCAGCCCGACAUAUGCAUAUCGUGGGCAGCGAGAUGCCGAAACAGAGGAACAGUACGCUGCUCGGUUGGUUCAAGAGCUAGACGACGAGUUUCAGCAAGUAGGCCCCGAAACGGUCAUUGCUUUCGUGGCGGAAACGGUGGGAGGAGCAACUGCGGCUUGUAUCACUCCGCCAAAGGGGUAUUUCGAAGGUGUCAGGAAAGUGUGUGAUCGAUAUGGCAUCCUGCUCAUCCUGGACGAAAUCAUGUGUGGGAGUGGCAGGACGGGGUCAUACUUCGCCUUUGAGCGAGAAGGUGACGUGAGGCCGGAUCUCGUUACGCUGGGUAAGGGUCUGGGGGGAGGAUAUGCGCCUAUUGCGGGCGUCUUGAUUAGUGAAAAGGUCGUUCACGUCUUGAAAAAGGGUUCGGCGAGCUUCGUUCAUGGACAUACAUACCAGGCUCAUCCGGCGUGCUGCGCAGCGGGCUUGGCUGUUCAGCAAAUCAUUAAACGUGAUGAUUUGGUGGCAAAAUGUCUCUCCAGGGGAGUUCUUUUGGAAUCUAGACUGCGCUCUGUUUUCGGAGAUGCCAAGUAUGUGGGAGAGAUUCGUGGUAGAGGCUUAUUCUUGGGGAUCGAGUUUGUGCAGGACAGAGCAUCCAAGCAGCCGUUCAAGCCAGCGAUCAAGUUUGCUAGCAGAAUGCAAGAAGCAGCUCACAGUCGCGGUUUGGCUGUGUAUCCGGGGUCGGGGACUGUAGAUGGAGUGAAUGGCGAUCAUGUUAUUCUUGCACCGCCGUUGACUAUAACGGAAGAGGAGGUUGAGGAGAUUGUGAGGUUGUUGAAGAUGGCAUAUGAUGCAGUAGAGGAAGAGUUAGUUGUAUAA